AUGGAUCUUUGCCUUUGGGGUUGGGGAAGCGAGAUUGAAGUCCAAGAGUCUUCAAGAGCGUCUAAUGCAAUCACAACUGGUAAACAUGUAUUCUGUUUGAAAAUUAACUUGUUGCGAGCCUCCAAAAUCUUCCAUAUAAUCUCUCAUGAUUCCGAAGCAAGUUCGAGAAAUCAAGCUUCGCGUAACAGCGACUCCACUCGUUUAUCGCUUACUCACUUCCUUGAUCGCAAACUGCACAACUCUUCAACAGUCCCUCAAACCGUUCCGGGGAAAUUGACGCCUUUUCAAUCACCGGCCAGUGAGCAAGAUGGAAGCGUCAAACUAACUGAAGAAGAGAGAAAGUCUGCAACUGCUGAUGAGAAGUUGAUUUUGGGAAUGUUCAAGCAAGAGGGAAAAUGUGACUUUGUUCCUCCGUUAGAUCUUGAUGAGUUAGGAAAUUCUGUGGCAGGUGAUGGUCAAGGAGCUAGGAAAAGGAAAAAUCCAUUUGAAGCGGAAGUUUAUCUUGCUGGUUGA